CGGAGGAAGCAGCGCUUGCGAUGGUAUUACUUGGAUUCUCCUAGCUCCAGUAAAAUGACUGACGGAAUGAACUUGACACACAAGUAUAAAAGACGCGAGUGAGCGAGCUCUUGUUGAAACGCAUCCAACCCUCACACCUACUAAAGCGUCAUUACAACCAUGACUAUCCCAGUUCCGGGCACAUACGUGAUCUACAACAUCCAAUAUUCCACCCUAGAUGUCGAUUUGCACUGGGCCAAUGUCACUGACGGCGCUCCCGUCGUCGGUUACAUCUACAACGAAUCCACUCAGAACAUGCUGUGGAAUUUGCAGGUCGUCGAUGAAGAACAGGGUCUGGUGCAAUUCAUCAACCUCGCGGGCAACAAUUAUGCUGGAGUCUCUGGCGAAAUCAAUGGCUCUGGGGUUAUAGGAACCUCCAUUGAAACCACUUUCAGACUUCACGAGAGGAAAGACGGGGAAUAUGAGAUUCAGACACAUAACUCUGAGCUCGUUUGGGAGCUGCCUGACGGAAAUAACUACACCGAGAUCAUCCUCUCCCCUCCCAUCAGCUUCUAUGAUAACCAGGCUUGGCAGUUCAUGCCAGUUGAUGGUAACUGACACUGAAGAGGGAGACAAAGCACUGGCGGCAAUGACUUUACAUCAUUAGCACCGACCAUGGACUAGCAAUAUUCUUGAGAGCAUCGGAAAGAGGAUAUUUACUUGCACUGCUGUUAUGUGGA